UGGGGGUCUCCAGUAGAGUCUGUCACUUCACACCCCCCCACAGCCACCCCCCUCGCACUGACCUUCGCGCCGGCAGCGAUCCGGGACGGGAUGGGGGGGGGGGGGGGAGGGGUGUGAGGCGGCCCCGGCCCCUCAGGCCUCGCACCCCGACAUGGCGGGGGGGAAAAAAAAAAAAAAAACCCUAAAAAAAAAAAAAAAACCACACAAAAAAAAACAAACAAAAAAAAAAAACAACAAAAAAAACCCCCACGCGUCACCAUGGCAACCGCGGGCGGAACGCGGGGCUGUGGCACCGGGCGGAAGUGACGAACCGGAAGUAGCCGGACGAUUCCGGGGGUGGGGCGGGAAGUGGCCGAGGCCGCAUGGUGGGAGCCGCGGCGAGAUGGGUCGGCCGAGCAAAAGCAAGAACCAGAAGAAGGAGCGGGCGGCGGCGCGCCAACAUGCCCAGGAGGAAUUCGGCACCGUCCCCCACUCCUUUGUCUUCCACCGCGGCCGCGGUGGCAAGAGCCUGCGGCGCCUCGUCACCGACGUGAGGAAGGUGAUGGAGCCCUACACGGCCAGAGCCCUCCAGGUGCGGAAGAAAAACUCCCUGAAGGAUUUUGUGGCCGUGGCUGGGCCCCUGGGGGUGACGCAUUUCUUGGUUUUCAGUAAAUCAGCCGCCAGCAUCAAUUUUAAAGUGUUCCGGCUGCCCGGCGGCCCGACGCUGACCUUCAAGGUGAUGCAGUACUCGCUGAUCAAGGACGUGGUCUCGUCCCUCAAGCGGCACCGCAUGCAUGAGCAGCAGUUCACCCACCACCCACUCCUGGUCCUCAGCAAUUUGGGGCUCCAACAAAUCCACAUCAAGUUGAUGGCCACCAUGUUCCAAAACAUGUUCCCCUCCAUCAACGUCCACAGGAUCAACCUCAACAACAUCAAGAGGUGUUUGCUCAUCAGCUACAACGCAGAGACGCAGCUCCUCGAUUUCAGGCAUUACAGCGUGAAGAUCGUGCCUGUGGGCGUGAGCAAAGGCCUGAAGAAGCUGCUGCAGGAGAAAUUCCCCAACAUGAGCCGCCUGGAAGACAUCAGUGAGCUGCUGGUGAAGGACAUAAACCUGUCAGAGAGCGAGGCCGAGCAGGAUGGGACCCACAACAUCCUGGAGCUGCCGCAGGCGUACUCCGGCCGAGGCAACAUGAAAGCGCAGCAGAGCGCUGUGCGCCUCACCGAGAUCGGACCCCGCAUGACUCUGCAGCUCAUCAAGGUGGAGGAAGGCCUGGCACAGGGCAACGUGCUCUACCACAGCUUCAUCCACAAGAUGGAGGCGGAGGUGCAGGAGAUCUUGGCGCGGAAGGAGGCGAAGCUGCGGCUGAAGGCGGAGCGGCGGCAGAAGCAGGAGGCGGACGUGGAGCGGAAGCGGCAGCAGCGGGAAGCUCACAGGGAGAAGAGCCUGGCAGGGAUCCGGAGGAAACGGCAGCAGGACGGCGACAGCGACGCCGAGGAUCCCGGCGCGCCAGAGCAGCAGGAUACGGCCGAGCAGUCGGAAGAGAGCGACGCCGAGUAUUACCGGCAGGAGGUUGGCGAGGAGCCAGACAAGGAUCUGUUUCCUGACCGCACCAAGAGGAAGCGAAGCUCCUCGGGCACUGCCCCGUCACGGAAACGCCGCCGCUGGCACAAGGGGCCGGAGCAUCCUGCCCCCCCCAGCCCUCGCCCCACGGCGCCGGGGAAGCGGCGGAAGGGAGACGCGGCACCGAAGGACUCGCGGCACUGUGGCGGAGCCAGGCAGGGGGAGACUGGCCAAAAACUGCACCGAAGAACCGAGGGGGCACCGAGGAACCACCGGGCCACCUCGAGGCUGAAGGGACGAGGGAAGCUGCUGCCGAAGGGGAAGAUGAUUUUCCGGCGGCCGGGAUACGCCAGGAAGGGGAAGAGGAAAUAGGAAACACACGCCCCCCACCUCGUUUCUGUGCAAUACACUGCUUGGAACAA